UAGUCCAAAACCCCAUGACUCGGAGGGCGUUUUUCGUUUUCUGGCACCGGAUCUCCUCUCCUCUCCGCCAAUGGCGACUGUUCGUCGCCGGCGAGGGGAUUUGGGGUCCGGGGGGAGGUUGGGCUCGUGGCGGGGAACCCCGCUGUUUCCCUUACUUGUGCCAUGGUUGUUGGGGUUUUGCCCUGGUCGCCUGUUGGGCAACUUCCGGGUAAUUAAGCCUUACUAGUUCAGUUAUUCCCCGGCGGCUAGUUGCGCAAGCGCGGUGCUCUUUUCCUUGCCAUCGGCGUUGGUUCUUCAAGGCCUAGCUGUGGUUUGUAGCGGUGAGGACGAAUCGGAUAAUAUCUGCUCCAAAUCUAUCAGAAGUUAGGAUAUGGCUACGCGUCCGUGUUCGAGAGAACAAGUACUUUUACUAAGCAGGCAACCACCGGUUGGUUUCCGAUUCUUCUGCUGGCUUACACAUGGAUUGCCAUAAUCUUCAAAGUUUCCUUAAGACUAAUGGGAAUGUGGUUCUUCAAAGAGUGGAGAACAACUAUAGCCUGAGAUAUUUCACGGAAAAUGAGGUACGGCAUAUCACCAAUGGGUAUGGCGUUAUGCUUGGAAAAGGGUCGUUUGGUGAGGUCUACAAAGGAGUGCUUGAUGACCAAUGCCCUGUUGCUGUGAAGCGAUACAUACAUGGGGCCAAGAAAGAAGAGUUUGCCAAGGAGGUGAUAGUGCAUUCCCAAAUAAAUCACAGGAAUGUUGUUAGACUUUUGGGCUGCUGUACGGAGGAAAAUGCUCUAAUGAUCGUUAUGGAAUUUAUCUCUAAUGGGAACCUCAACAAUAUCCUUCAUUGCAGCAACACCAAUAGCCAUGUUCCAUUCCCUUUGGGUAAACGAUUAGACAUUGCCAUUCAGGUUGCUGAUGUGCUUUGGUGCAUGCACUCCAUGUAUAGUCCCAUUCUUCAUGGUGACAUCAAGCCUGCUAAUAUACUGUUGGAUGAAAAUCUUUCACCGAAGAUAUCUGAUUUUGGAAUAGCAAGAUUGCUUUGUGCCAAUGGGGCUCAACAUACUAAAAAUAUCAUUGGUUCUAUAGGUUAUGUUGAUCCUGCAUUCUGCAAGAAUGGAAUUCUAACCCCAAAGAGUGAUGUUUAUAGCUUUGGGGUGGUUUUGCUGGAAAUUAUUACCAGAAAGAAAGCUGUGGAUGGGACCAUUACCCUUGCUGAAAAUUUCACUGAGGUUAUUAAUAAAAGGAAGGAGAUGAUGCAUUUGUUUGACCAGGAAAUUAACAAUACAGAAAACUUGAACUUUCUCAAAGAUAUUGGAAAAUUAGCAGUUAAAUGUUUGAGCAGGGAUGUCGAAGUGCGUCUUGAAAUGGUUGAAGUAGCAACCGGUCUAAGAAUGAUUAGGAAAGCUCUGGAGGAAGAACGAGGGAAUCUGAUUCAUCUGCAGCACAUAAGUGCACUAAAGAACUUGAUUCAUUCAAAGAAUGUAAGAUCAGAAGCACGGCAAUUUGGCAAUCUAAAUAUCUUCAAAAAAAAGGAAAUUAAGCAUAUGACAAGAAAGUACAGCAUGAAAUUUAGGGAAGACUCCCGUGAGCAUCUGUACUAUGGAGUCAUUGGCAAGGCACGUGCUGUUAUAGUAAAACAAGUGAGUACAUCUUCAGAAAGUGACAGAGAUGUGUUUCUGAAGACUAUGGGCAUAGUAUCUCAGAAGUAUCACAAAAAUGUCGCUAAUGUUGCUGGUUUCCACUUAGGGGAAUCCGUUUCAGAGUGUGUGUAUGAAUCUUGCUGUGAUUUAUCCCAGAGAAAUGAUGGCCAUGUUUCCUUCUAUAACCGAAACCUUUAUGAGAUUAUCUGCUCCAGGGAUAAACUUCCCCUUCAUCUACGUUUGUCAAUAGCUGUCCAAUGUGCAGAAGGCCUUGUUCAUAUCCAUUCAUUGUUAUCUGAAAAUCCUGAUUCACGCUGUACAGGUCUCCUGGGAAACUUCAGCUCAAAAAAUAUUUUUCUGGACAAGAACUUCGUGCCAAAGGUCUUCAAUUCAAAUUUGUCAACAUUUCUUGGGCUUUCAGUCAUGGAACAACAUACCACCUCUGUUGAUGAUAUUAAUGAUCACGGGUCACAAAUAUAUUAUUUAGACCAAAGAGAUGUUUCUGGUCAGCUACCCAAUCCCAAGUCUGAUGUUUAUAGCUUUGGAGUUGUUCUUUUGGAACUCAUCACUUGGAAGACAGUGAGAUACAUGUCUGGCGGGGGAGUACACAUGCUUACCACAGACUUCCUUGAUACUUACAAAAAAAACCAUAGUGCAGCGGCACUUUUGGGCCAGAAGGUCUAUGACGAGCAAGGCAAUUGUUUUAUUCACGAGGCCAUUGAUAUUGCAGUUGCGUGCUUAGAACCUGAUAUCCAGAGACGGACAGAAAUGAGUAAUGUUCUUUCACGUCUCCGAACCAUCUCUGCAGCUCAGAGUAUCCGAAGUAAACUCAUCAUGGGUACACAAGCAAAAGCUGAUGGUGAUGGCAAAUCUAACCAACACACCGCUACCCCUGUCAAGAUCAACGCCGUCAAAACCCCAACAAUUACUGCAUCGACCAUUUCCAUGGACAUGUUGAGGAAGAUAACUAGGAAUUUCAGUAAUGAUGUCUUAAUAGGACAAGGCUCAGGCGCCAGAGUUUUCUUAGGAGUGCUUGAAGAUGGGAAUAAAUCUGCAGUAAAGGAGUUUGUUUCUAUUGAAAAUAUUGCAGUGCAGGUUCAGACAAUUUCAGGAAUAAUAAGGCAUAGCAAUGUUGCCCAAAUUCUUGGAUACUUUAUUGAAGGGAAACAACUUAUUCUUGUUUAUGAGUAUGCACCAAAUGGCUCCUUGCACGAUAUUCUUCAUGGUAAAAAGGGUGUCACUGGAGCCCAACCAGGAAUACCUUUGUCAUGGAAGCAACGAGUGAAGAUUGCUCUAAGUGCUGCGAAAGGGCUUGAAUUCCUCCAUGAGAAGGCCGUGCCUCCUGUCAUCCACACCAACAUUAAGUCUAGCAACAUUCUUCUCUUUGGCAAUGAUGUUGCAAAAAUAGGUGAUCUCGGUGUCACCGAGCAUCUGGUCGAUGCAGAAGACGAUUUAUACUACGAUUCCGGGAUACAUACUUUUAGUCGCCGUUUUGAUGACUAUUAUGCACCAGAGUACCUGAUGACAGGACAAUAUAGUGUGAAGGGCGAUGUCUACAACUUUGGGAAAGUCUUGUUGGAGCUUUUAACUGGUCGCAAAGUAGUUGAUCGUACGCUUCCACAUGGGCAGCAGAGCCUCGUAGUUUGGGCUACACCCAGGCUUAAUGAAGAAAGAGUGGGACAAUUGGUAGAUCCAAAGCUUGGAAAAGAAUUCCCCUUCAAGUCUGUUGCCAAGAUGGCUGCUGUGGCUUUGUUGUGCGUGCAGUACGAGCCGGAAUUUCGGCCCGAGAUGAGCACAGUUGUCAGGGUUUUAAGCGAGCUAGAGCGAAUACAAUAAGCCCUGUCAAGGAAUGGAAAAAAAAGGGGUAAAUUGAACAAGGAUGCAACUACCUAGUGUGCAGUCGCCCGAUUGUCUUAAUCAGCGACAACCAUCGUUACUAUAAAUAGAAAAACUCUUCCGCAUAUGUGUCUUUUCCAGAAAUAGAAGGAACGUAUGUAUGUAUGUAAAGUUACUGCAGUGUAAAAUCUAAAUUCUUUGAAUACAAUUUUCUUUUAAACUACUUAUCCGAUAGCGAUUUGAUUAUACCGUUGUGCUCAUAACAAUUAAAUCUUUAUAACAAGA